CAAUCGUCCGUCCGUCCAUCGUCCGUCGUAACUGCCUAACCGUACGCUCUUUCCCCCGCCUCAAUCCUCUUUCCCAUCCGCAGUGACCGCGCUCGGAAAGCGAGGCCGCUAUGCCGGCCCUGCGAUCCGGCGAUAGGCGCCUCCGAAGUUCCAAUAGAGGUAGGAGCGCUUCGUCACCGCCUACCAGACCCACCCCCACGAGGAAGGCUAGGUCUUCUCCACGCGUUGCUUCUGCAACCUCUCGUCAAGGCAGAGCUUCCAAUACUCGUCAAUCUCGCAAGGAGAAGAGAGAGAGUUCCGAAGGAGAGAGCGAGAGCGAUCAAGACGACGAUGAAGAUGAUGAGGAAGAGGAGGAGCAGACACCGGCUCGACGUUCACGUCGCUCUUCGACAAAUCCUACGCGUUCCACUAGACGGCAGGGUCAGCGUCAAGAAGACGAGGACAAGGGAGAGGGCUCUUCCAAGAAUGUAAGACAAACAAGGAAUCCGCGUGCGCGCUAUCAAGAAGAAGACCCUUCGCCUGCAGAGACGCCCUCUCCUGUAGCAGUGCGACCUCGAUCAGUCCAGGUAAGGCGCAUGCAACUGCCCCAACCUGGUGAGGUCGGAAGGCGGCUAUCUCCGCCCAAAGAGCUACGUAGGACUAGGCUCUCAGGAACACCGAAGAAGGCUCAACACAUCUCGGAGUCUUCAGUCGACGAAAGCGAGGAAGAGGUACAGCCCUCGAGGAACGGAAGAGCCCUCAGGUCACGCGCCAGUAUCGCACAGGCGACAGCUUCGACUCGGCAAACCAGCGGAUCAAGCUCUCGUCGUCUGGGGCCGCCAGGCAGCAGGAGGAGCGCCAGAUUUGCCUCGGUAGAAGAAUUGCCCGCACCUCCUGCUCGACUCCGUCCCAGAGCAGGUAUCGCGUCUCGUCCGCAAAGGCGUACUAGCACGAGGCUCGCUGUAGCAAGCGAGUCUGAAAAGGACUCGAGCGAUCAGGCAGAAGAUGCGCAAGAGAGCGACGCGAUCGCCAUCUCUUCAGACGAAGAUGACGUGGAGGAUAGCUUGCCUGCACUCGGCCGUUCGACGCGAUCGCUACGCUCCUCAGCUUCAGCGUCAACCAAUCGCAACGGCCAAUCUUCCAGACCUCGCAGGCGCUCGGGCCGACAGUCUUCCACUCGGACUCGCUCUGGCGCUCGUCCUCCCCAGCGCGCAAGGUCAGGCAGGGCGACGAAGAAGAGGAUUAGGCUUAACAUUAUCGACACUGCGCCUGACGAGGAGGAAGAUGAGGUCGACGACAAUGAGGAAGAGGGCGAGGACGAGGACGAGGACGAAGACGAAGACGAGGAUAAGGAUGAGGAAGACGCCGAUGAGGAUGAAGAUCCUACGGCUCCUGAGCCCUCAAGGCGGCCAAGCGCACGAGAAACUCGAGCGAACGGUAGAAGACUCCUCGAAGUGCUAGAGAUGAGCUCAGACUCGAGCGAGACGAGCGACAUCGAGGUGGACGAGGAACAAGAAAACCUCAGCGGCUACAGCUCCUGGACCGACGAGGAAAUCCCGAUCGCCCAAGCUUUGGAUAUCGAGCCCGGCCUCAACGAUAGAGUGCACACCAUUGAGCUGUCCGAUUUGACCAACGAAGAGCGCGAGUUGGCGGCCUCUUUGCAGAUCUUCGGAUGGCAAAGUCAGCCUGUCUCUCAGGCUAUCACUUCCUCUUUUGGUCGUCGAGUGACCAAAAGGAAGAGACUCGGAUUUGAAAGCUCAGACGACGACAAAGAUGCCCCUGUACUUCACGGAAUUCGAAGGGCCACACAACCUCAGGCUCCUUUGUCUGCAACAAGCAGUGCUGAAUCUGACAGCGACGAGUCGUCGACGGACCCAUUCGUAGACUCUGCGCAACAACAAGUCCGCCAACGUCAUUGGGAAACCUGUGGUCGAUGUGACGAGCGGCCAGCGUGGAUGCAGAUUGUCAGCUUGAAGCGUACGCAGGCCCGUCUGGACCGCGAGCGAGCCAGACAGAUGGAUCUGCAUCGCCCCACCCGCAAGGAGCUGAAGGGACGUCGCUCAACCGGACACUACGACUUCGGCCGAUUCGAAGAGCUGCAUGCCCUGGGUACAGCGCAAGCUCAAUUGGACGAGAAGCGCAGAUUGCUCGGAGAGAGGGGAGCUUGGCUCGUCUGUUCCUCCUGCACUCAGAGCGUGCACACUGGCUGUCAAGGUGACGACCGGAAUGAGGAGUUGCUACACACUAUCAAUGUCGAGAAGGCAGCUCGUCACAAGGCAUUUGGGCGACCAGGCAAAGCCAAGUUCAGGGUGCAGUUCUCGCCUGCUGAAUAUCUGACCUCUGUCGAAUGCGAAAGAUGCUCUACAACGCUUUCGUGCUGUCACGUCUGCGAACAAGACUGCACUCCCGCAGUGCCAGAAGAUGACGAUAGGAAGGGCGAAAGCCCCUGUUUCCGAUGCAGACGCUGCUUUCGAACCGCACACUACGAAUGUCUUCAGCAACUGUCUGGUGAGGACGAGCUUGAUGAAGCUGCUCUUGCCAGGCAGAAAGCCGGCUGGAAGUGUAUCGACUGUGAUGCAUGGGGUGACGUUGAGGUGAUCUUGGCCUGGAGGCCCCAGGCAGACACUCAGUCUGAGCCAAGAUCGCAGUAUCACCUCCUUCGCAAGCCUCCCGACGACCUCAAGCGGGAGUAUCUGGUCAAGUUCAAGAAUUUGUCCUUCCGAGAGACUCAAUGGGUCCCUCAUCAUUGGUUGAGCCUAGUUAGUGAGGGUCAGCUUAGAUAUUUCCUUGCUCACGGUACUCGUCUCGAGCUGGAGCCAAUUUCGGAGCAGGGCCCCGGCCUCGUCACUCCACCUUUGCCACCUGUCAGUCUGUCUCCGUCGCAGGCUUUCGAACGUACAGCCAACACGCCAAGGAGAUCCAAGCGCCAACGACUACUCUUGACUGCACACAGAGAGACAGGCGAAGUACUUCGAGGUCCUCCCGCGCCAGAAGCAGGUGCACAAGGUCGAAUUCCAAAGACUUGGAUCACGCCAGAUCGUAUCCUUGACGUCUACUUCCACGUCAAUUCUAUCCCCGAGUCUGAGCUCAAGCCGCUGACUAAGGCGGAACUUCGAAGGCUCCGCCGACGCCCCCGCCAGAUCACGAGGGAGGGUCAUGGUGCAGAUAUUGCUGAGGAAAAGAGCCGACUGGAGCUGAGCCCAGAAUAUGUUCACAUCAGCCAAGUCGACGAGUAUUUCCUUGAGAGCAUCACAGAGACCGAGAUGGAGGUGCUGAUGCCUACAGCCAAGAUUCUCGUCAAGUGGGACGAUCUGGAGUAUGAGCAAUCGACAUGGGAGAAUGGUGCAAGCCCCACUGAGUAUCUUGAUGAAUGGCUCUCCCUCGUGCUCGCCUUUCAGCGAUACAUGUCCUCGAGAAAAGUCUACGUCAAGCACAUGUCAAGCCGUCAGAUGAUUGCUCUGGAGGCGCAGAGGAAGAAAGCCAAAUUCCAGUCGAUCGCAGAGCAGCCGGACUAUGUCGUCGGCGGCCGAAUGCUCGACUUCCAGAUCGAUGGACUCAACUGGCUACGGUACGGCUGGCAUGACCACCAGCCUGGAAUUUUGGCCGACGAAAUGGGUCUCGGCAAGACGGUACAGGUCGUAGCUUUCAUUGCCUCACUGCACCAACAAUUCGACGGACUGGGACCUUACCUCGUCGUUGUACCCAACAGCGUCGUGACCAAUUGGGUCCGCGAAUUUGAGAAGUGGUGCCCCCAUCUGAGGGUGGUUCCGUACUACGGAGGAAGAGAAUCCCGUGGUAUCAUCGAGAGGUUCGAGCUUUUCCACCUGGAGAGCAUGCCCGGACGACAAGAUCUCCGAGCCGAAGUCGUCAUCUGCUCUGACUCGGUGGCUCGCAGCGAUCCCGCGCCGUUGAAGCGUGUGCAGCGUUGGCAAGCUGUGAUAGUGGACGAAGGAACCAAUCUGAAGGCGGGAAGUGGGACGCUUCUCUACCGUCGAUUGUCUGCCCUCGAGACUGCGCAUCGUCUGAUCAUGACCGGUACGCCCCUCAACAACAACAUCGGAGAGCUCUUCAAUCUGCUCAACUGGCUCAAGCCCAAUGCGGAAUGGAAAGACGUCAAGGCCUUGCACAAGAAGUAUGCAGUGCUGACGCCCGAGCUCAUCGCUGAGCUUCAGCCACUCCUGAAGCCAUACUUCCUCCGUCGACUCAAGAAGGAUGUUGUCGACCUGCCGCCUCGCUCAGAAGUACUUGUGCCCAUUUCGUUGACGCCUCUGCAGAAGAGAGUGUACAAGGAUGUGCUCGAGAAGAAUAUCGAGGACAUACAAGCUCUCACCGACGUUCGAAGUCUGUCUAAGCGGGACCACAAGUACAAGAUUGGUAACAUGAUGAACAUUCUCAUGCAGCUGCGUAAGGCUUGUCAGCAUCCGUACCUCAUCGCUCCUUCUCUCGAGACCUUUGAGGGUGAUGAAGGCCAUGACUGGAGACUCGAAGCGGAGAGACUUGUCGAGGCGAGCUGCAAGCUGAAGGUCUUGCAGAAGCUUCUUCCUCAGCUCAAGGCAAAGGGGCGAAGAGUGCUCAUCUUCUCACAGUUUGUCAUCCUCUUGGACAUUGUGGAGUCACUGCUGUUGAACGAAGGGAAGUACAAAUACCUCCGCCUCGACGGUAGCUUCGGACAUCGUCAGCGCCAGCGAGGCAUCUCGGCCUUCAAUGCUCCAGGGUCAGAGUAUUUCUGCUACCUCCUCAGCACUCGAGCCGGAGGUGUGGGGAUCAACUUGGCUUCGGCCGACACUGUCAUUAUUCUGGACAGUGACUUUAAUCCUCAUUUGGACAUGCAAGCCAUAGCCCGAGCUCACCGUAUCGGACAAACGCGCAAGGUGAUUGUCUUUACUUUGGUCGCCAAGUCGACUGCAGAAGAGCAGAUCGUCAACAAUGCCCGUAAGAAGCUGAUCCUAGACCAUGUCAUCCAUACAAUGGACGACGAGGAGAGUCGAGAAGGCAAUUUGCACGACGCUCUGCAAUUUGGAGCUCGAGCUCUCUUCCAGGAAGGAGGGGUCGACCUGUCUGAGAAGGAUGUGGACCUGAGCGAGCAAGAUAUCUCUAAGCUUAUAGAGGAAGCCGAGCAGGCCGAUGAUGCAUCUGUCAGUGCCUCUCAAAACGGCGAGGCCGGUGCUGGCAAUCUUCUGUCUUUCGCCCGCGUAUGGGAGCGAGACGAGCAAGCCGAUCCGACCGCAGACAUGGCUGACGAUGGCUUCUGGACCGCGUUGUUGGCCAAGACGAGGGCUGCACAUCCUGCCAAUGAGUCUGCGACCGGCGCCGGGCCUGCAGAGGAGGUCGUGUACGGAAGAGGCGGAGCGAGGAGAGCAAAGCUCAUCGCACUAGCUGGAGGAGCCACAACGGAGGAAAUUGAUGCUGAGCUGGACGAAGAUGCAGCUCGCAACGACCCCGAUGCCUCAACCGGAGCAGCUGGCCAGGCUGAUGCUCCCAUGGCCUUUGCUGACGAUGCUGACGACAACGAUUGGACCAUGGAUCUUGGUGUCCCUGAGGUGAGCUCGACUAGCGAGUAUGGCUCCACCUCUAUCGAUGAAGUAGAAAGGGCCCAAGCUCAAGAGCAACAGCAAGAGCAGCAACAGCAACAACAACCAGCGAAGCGUCCCCGAGGUCGACCGAGGAAGUACCCAAGACCCAUGCCUUCGCCCGUCGCAGGCUCCAGCACAGCAGUUGCGCUACCGCCGCCCAUUGCCCCACCUGCUGCACCUGCUCUCAGCAUCUUUGACACAACGAGUAGAUCGCUCCCGAGGCCACCUCGACCGCAAAAGCAGCCACGGAAAGCCAAGGAGAAGCAGACGGCAAAUGGCGCGCCAUCGACUGGAGGUGCAGGUCCUUCAACGAGUCAGAGUAGUUCGAAUCAAACGCACGGCUCUACUGGUCCGGUGACGCUCUAUACUCGACUUGCAGUCGUCAAAGAUCCUGCCGAGGCUAUGGCGCUCUGCGUUGCUGCUUAUCCCGGUCAGCCUGACACAAUCAAUCAAGUGUACAAUGCCUGGGUCGGUGUCAUGCUCGGAGCUUCCGUCAGGCAGCAUGUGGCGUCGCAAGGUGGAUCCACUUCGGCAGCAGGACCCAGCCGCCCACCUGCCUCCAACUCAGGGACCGCUACUAGGCCCAUGCAAGCCACAGCUAGUGGAGCCGCUGCUUCAUCGUCAGUGAUCCAGCGCAAGAAAACGGCGGCGGUUGUUGGCUCUGGCGGUCGAGCUGCUACUGGGAGCUCGUCUCAGGCGAUGGCAGGCAGUCAGCUACCAGGAAGAGCUCCUGGACCGCCGCUUCCUGGGCAACCCCAGACAGCGGUGCAAGAAGGUACUGCUCCGCCCGCGCGAAAGAAAGGUCGCCCGAAGAAGGUCCGGCCCGAAGUCGCACCUGUCACACCAGCUCCAGUGUCUUCUGCCGCACCCAUUCCUGCCCGCCAAUCCGGGGCAGCACCUCAAAGGCCUCCUGGUAUUGCAGGGUUUCAGCAGCCGGGUCAGCCUCCCCUGGCUCAACAGCCGUCAAUCUUGGAGCAGCAGCCGGCCUCUGGCUUUAUGGAAGUUACUCGAACCCCGGCAGAGUUGAAGAAGAUGUUCAAGGAUGUUCCGGAGCACUUCAUGACAGAUGUCAAGAUGCGACAAGCUCAAGGAGCACCCAAGUCUCUUCUCGUCCCAGAGCAGCGCUCACAACUGACCAAGACGCACAUGGCUUACUUUUCUCUGCGACUGCUCAAUUUCCUCGGUGGCAUACACCCGCUCUUCCACGAUGCCUUUUCGCUCGUGCAGUCAGAACAUGUCCCCCCUCGUAUUCGAGCUCAGCCAUUCGAGGGAGCCGAGAUGUUGUCCAUUAGCGUCGUCACCGAACGUCUGAGCGAGACUGCCCACUACUUUUACAACCAACUGCUCAGUCAGGGCAAGAAGAGCACCGCCGGGCGUCCUUCUUCUGGCACCUCGAAGAGCCAGGCUAGCCCUUCAGGCCGUCAAUCUGGGCAACAUGCCUCCAAGCCUUCAACGAUGUCGGUCGAUCACGUGCUGAAUGAGCAAGCUUCGAUGGAGAGAACAGAAGCCGCUAGUGGUAGCCAACGAGCGAGACAGCGAGUACAACAAGGCCCUGCUCCAGCCUUGCAACAAGCGUCGCAGCAGCGCGACAGAUCCAACAUGCCGCCGCCCCUCGCCAGCAUCGCGAAUCAGGCUCAACAUCGUUCCUCCCCGACUUCUGCGACGCUGUCCAUCGACAGUCAAGGCCACGCCUCUGCCCUGCAGCAGCAGCAGCAGCAGCAGCAGCAGCGCAAUAAUCAAUCUACGGCCUCCAUCGCUACAAUCUCCCCGACUGCUCUGCCGCCUGAAGGCUCGACGGAGAGCGAGCGUCUGGCCUUCUUCUGGCUGCAGGCCAUCGACGCGCUCAGCUUGCCCGGCAUGAGCAAGGCAUCGCGAAUGUGGCUUCUCCAACCUAUUGGACCUGAGAGGGACGUCAUGGGACAAGAGAUCAAUGCGCGCUUGGCAGAGAUCCUCACCAGUCGAAGGAGGCUGGGACAGCCUGUACCCCACUUCUUCCGACAGAGUGGGGAUGGGGCUGUUGGUGGGAGUGGAUACAGUGGCAAUAGCAGUGCCGGUGGCGGAGCCGCUGCUGGGAUUGGGGGAAUGAGCUAUGGAGAAACACAUCGCUAUGCGGAUCAGAGCUACCAGCAUCAUCAGCAGCAGCAACAACAACAGCAGCAACAGCAGCAGCAGCAGGACCACAACGUCUUCGCUAGGAGACCCGCUUACCAGUCCAACUUGGGGCACAGCCAUAAUGCCGGCUGGCCUGGAGGAGCUUGAUCCCUGUUCCUCCUGCUGUAGGCUUUAUCACAUGUCGCACGGCAUGCAUCCUUCCCGAAUCACACCUCACCGAGGGAAUGAGCGAGCAAAAUGUCUACAAAUCUGUACAUCUAUCGAAGUAAAUUGAUUACCCACGUCACAUGUUCU